AUGCUCACUCAAAACCAACAAAUAGCCUUUUUUCUCUGCGCUUGCCUGAAAUUACUAUUUGAUAUUGGCCCAACGAUCGAGGAACUAUUUGAUUGUCUGCAAAUAUUCUACAUUUCUGAUUUCAUCCGGAAAGUCAAAGGAUGGUUCCAAACUGCAGAGAGCUGCAACAAACAACAAAAGUGGAUUAAUGACAUUAAUGAGGAAACUAUUCUCUAUGAAUUCUGGAUACAAGAAAACAUCUUCAUCAGGGAGCUCUUUAUAGACCGUGCAAUACAAGGGAAACUCGAACAGACCGCCAAGCCGCUUUAUUAUGGCCCUGAGAACUGGAAAGAGAAACUGCGAGAUGCAGAGGAUCAAAGUUGGAAAAUCCAGAACGAAAUGUAUAAAAAAUAUAUAAGGCGGCCUCGGGGCCCAAUCGCUCGACAACAUCUUAUCUCUCAAUCGCGAGAUCGCCAAAGCUUAGCUACCAACCCAACCAAGCAUCUGUCACAGCCGUAUCAGGGUUGGGAAGCAAGGCGAAGAACUUGGGCAUCAAGUGUGUAA